GGGGGAACAUAACAGUGGUGAAUAGACUGUUGGAGAUGAUGAAGCCAGAGAGUGUGUUGCUGCAUCCUCUGGGCACAGCAGCUGCCCCUGUGCCAGAGAUGCUGUGUAUCUUCGGGACGGGGGACUUAGGGCGCUCUCUGGGCCUGCGUUUGCUUCAGUCUGGCUACAGGGUGGUGUACGGCAGCCGCAGACCUCACAGCUGUGGCCCCUUGCCUCAGGGAGCUCAGGUGAUGAGCCACACAGCAGCAACCCAAUCUGCCAGUCUGAUCUUCAUUUGUGUUCACAGAGAACACUACGCAUUCCUGGAGACAAUGGCUUCUCAUCUUAAAGAAAAGGUGCUGGUGGACCUCAGUAACAACCUGAAGAAAAACUUGUACCCAGAAGCCAAUGCCGCCUACCUGCAGAGACUGGUCCCUGGAGCUGCUGUGGUGAAAGGGCUUAACACGCUGUCUGCCUGGGCCUUGCAGAAUGGACUUCUGGCAGGAAAACAGGUGUACCUGUGUGGGAACAGUGCAGAAGCAAAGCAGGCAGUAGCAGAGAUGUCCACUAAGCUCGGCCUCACUGUUCUGGAUAAAGGGUCUCUGUCAGCAGCCAGAGAGCUGGAGGACUUCCCCCUGCAGCUUUUCCCAGAGUGGAGGCUCCCGCUACAUGUGGCCGUUGGCCUCAUCGCCUUCUUCUUCUUCUAUCUGCUCAUUAGAGAUGUCAUCUACGCUUAUGUUGAACAGGGGAAAGACAUCUCCUAUAGAAUUACAGUGGCCCUGGGCAAUAAGGUGUUUCCUAUUGUGUCUCUCAUCAUGUUGUCUCUGUGUUACCUGCCUGGUGUCAUAGCUGCCUUCCUUCAGCUCUACAGAGGUACCAAGUACAGACGCUUCCCUGAUUGGCUGGACUGCUGGAUGCUGUGUAGGAAGCAGAUGGGUCUGAUUGCACUGGCCCUUGCUUUUCUCCAUGCCAUCUAUACAUUUGUCACUCCUACUCGCUAUUCUGUCAGACACAAACUCAUCUCGCUUGUGGUGGAUGAGAUGAAGAACAAUAAAACCACCCCGUUUUACUUUGAUAACACGGAGGCAUGGGGCCAAGACUCAUUCUAUGUGCUGGGAAUCCUGGGCUUCUUUCUUUAUGUCCUGCUAGGACUAACAUCCCUGCCCUCGGUGGGAGGCUCUCUCAGCUGGAGAGAGUUCAACUUCAUUCAGUCUAAGCUGGGCCACCUGACCCUGAUCAUAUGCACAACGCAUGGCUACAUUUACGGCUGGAACAAAUUCCUUCAACCCUCUACCUACAAAUGGUACACUCCUCCUGGCUACAUGCUCUGUCUGAUUGUGCCUUCUGUGGUGCUGGUGCUGAAGGCACUGGUCCUCCUCCCCUGCGUGGAUCGAACCCUAACCCGCAUUCGACAAGGCUGGGAGAGGACACAGCCGGACGAGGAGAUGGUUAAGGCCACCAACCUGUGAACUCUGACCUCUGAAGUCAUCUGAGAUGCUGGUUAUUGAACGUCUAUGUCAGUUGUUAUUUGAGGUUAAAAUAAGUCCUAAACUGGUCAUAACUACAGUAUACAUUUCAAAUAGUAUAAGAAUACUGAUGAUCAUAUAUUAAAAAAAAAACUUCACAACUUAACUUAAUCAUUUUCUCAAAUGUACUGUUUGGGUGGGGGAAGUCUCUUAUUAUUCAGGUUGGUAUGUGGAAUGAGUAAUAGCAAAACAUAUCCAAAGAUAAUUUCUUCCAUGCUGGUGCAUGAUUGUGUCCUUUGAUCAGUCGGUAAUGCCUCCUCUCAAUUGUUCAAAAGCCAAACAAAACAAAAAAGUAUAGUGUAUUUCAGCCAAAUGAACAGGGUUCUCUGGAUUUAAAUGUUUUUAAUGUCUAUUUUCUUUGAGCUUUGAAAAAAAACAACUGAUUUCAUGUUUGUGCUGUAUCUUUAUCACAGAAUGUGGAGAAAAAUAGAUUGAUAUCCCCCGCUGACCCAUUGUUUUGAUAAACGUAGGCAACAGUUUCUGCUUUCCUCUCUCCCCUCCCUUCAAGUUGUGCGAUAUCCCUGAGGUUGCUUUCUUUUCAGGAUGUUAUUGAUCUCCCUGUUUUCUAACACAAAUACCUUGCUUCCCAAACCUGCUUUCCUCUUAAGGGCAUGCAAGUGUGCACAAUUACACACUAUGCUUGCACAUAUACACUGUGAAGGAGAGUAAGGUUAAGCUAAUUAUAUUACCACAUGCAGACUCAACACACACGCGCACACAGAUGUACCCAUACAAGUGCCAACACCACAGUGGAUAACAGAUUUGGAAGCCAAAAGCAGACUCAGGAGGAAGAACAUGUGUCUGUUACAGAUCUAAAACAGGGUAACAGAGGGCUAAAGCAGGUAGAUCAUCAGGCCAUGUACAAGGAGGCAGAGCAGAAUGUAGGUUGCAUAACAUAGACAGUUUGUCAAUGGCAGGUGACUUGAUCAGCAGAUGAGCGGAGGUGGCAAAGUCAAUAGUGUCGGCUGGUGGUGCGGAAUGGCAGGUGUGGAACAACAAGAUAUGUUAGUAUGUACAACACUAAUCAGAUGAUCCAAAGUCAGUGGAGGGAAGAGAGGAGGAUGGAGCAGCUGUCUCCAUGACAGUCUUGUGCUACAAGAGAAAUAUUCGGUGCCUUUUUUGCCCAAAGCAGAACAUUUAGUCAGAGGCAUCCUGUUAUCUAGCAUCUAACAGCAUUAUCUGCAAACACAAUCUGCCAUCCCUUACACAUUCUCACACUUUAUUGUUCUCCUAUUACAAGAGAACUGCUGUUGGUUUUAGCUGAUAUCCUGCUGUUUGUCACUUUGUCAAGCCCCUCGGCGUCUGAUACCAUCGCACAAGGCACCCUUUAUGAGACACAUCGGGCUUUCACGUAGGUACAAUGUAAAUCCAUCCGUCUCAUUAUUAGACGCUCAGAGAAAAUGCUCAGGGAGUCUGAUGACGUAGUACGCUCUCAUACGGCGGUUAAAGCUGAUAAUGCUGUCCUGACCAACAGCGUCAUUGCCGAAGUUUAGCACCCACCCUCUGGUUCCUCUGUCAGUUUCUCUGUCAGCACUUUCGGCGUUGUUAGCACUGUCUGCUGUAAGCCUCCAUCUCACCCUUGCCAUGUUGAGAGCUGUUGAGAGGCGAAACGGCAAGAAUGUGUUAGAAACCUAUGUUGCCAUCCUUGAGGUUCAAUUCUACAAAGGCAAAAAUAAACUGCUGAAAUUGUGGGUGAAGACACACACCAUGGAAAAUUCACCCAGGAUUAAUCUGUGACAUGUACACUUGGAUGUUAAAUUAAAGGGAUAUAAUAAAAUGUGCUAUGCCAAAGGUUGCACAUAGCUUGAGUAACAACAUGAUCUUGACAUUAAAUUACU